AUGUUAUUGAUGAAUCUAUGGCAAAGUAGCAGCAGCAGCUCUUCAUCUGAUGAGGACAUACCUACUAUUCGUAAAACGAAAGUGUAUAGGAAAAGAGAUUAUUUCAACAAGUUUGAUCUGAUGACAAAACUUCAAGAUAUUAAUGUGGAGGCAGAAAAUUUAUAUAAUGAAUCAAUAAUUAGGACACGGAAUGUGGUGUUUGGAAAAGACGAUUUCCUAUCUUAA